CUCUCCAAUUCAAAAUUUUGAGAGCUCCAUCCAACCCUAGCUCUCUCUCUCUCUCUCUCUAGAAUUGUAUAUACAUAGAUAUAUAGAAGAAAGGUACAAUCGCACGGGAAAAUGAGGAAGGGCACUAAGAGAAAGGCGCCGAGCCGCAAAGACGGAGCCGCUAAAUCCAAGCCGGAGGAGGCCGAGAAUGAGGCGAGUAAAGCCACCGUAGAAGAGAACAACAAGGAGGAGGUGGUUGAGAAGAGCCAAUCCGCGGCUGCUGCUGCUGAAGAGGAAGAGAGUAGUAAAGUUGAGCAGACUGAGGAGAACAACAAGUCUGAGCCGAGUACCAAGCUGGCUGAGGAGGAGAACGAGGAAAAGGAGAAGGAUGAGCAGAGUACCAAGCCGGUUGAAGAGAAGAAGAAGGGAAAGGAGAAGGUGGAGCCGAGUAAAGCUGUGAAGCGACGAGGUAAGCGAGCUAGAAUAACGAAGCAGGAGGAUGAGCCUGAGUACUUCGAGGAGAAGCGUAAUCUGGAAGAUCUAUGGAAACAGGUGUUUCCUGUUGGCACAGAGUGGGAACAGCUUGACUUGGUUUACCAGUAUAAAUGGAGUUUCCAAAAUUUGGAAGAUGCAUUUGAAGAAGGUGGGGAGUUACAUGGGAAGAAAGUAUAUCUUUUUGGAUGUACAGAACCACAAUUUGUAUCUUUCCAGGGGCAACAAAAACUGGUCGUGAUCCCUGUCGUGGUUGCUGUGGUAUCUCCUUUUCCACCCUCUGACAAAAUUGGAAUUACCUCAGUACAGAGGGAGUCUGAAGAAAUUUUACCUAUGAAGCAGAUGAAAAUGGAUUGGGUACCUUAUAUUCCUUUUGCAAAUAGGGACUCUCAAGUUGAAAGACUUAAAUCCCAAAUAUUCAUUUUAGCUUGUACACAGAGAAGGGCUGGUUUGAAACAUUUGAAGAUUGAUCGUGUAAAGAAAUUUGAAUAUUGCCUUCCUUACUUCUAUCAGCCGCUGAGGGAAGACGAAUUUGAGAACAAAACAGAUGUGGACAUUUUAUUUCCUGAUACAGAACCACCGAUAGUCUGCGAGUUUGAUUGGGAGCUUGAUGAACUUGAGGAGUUCACGGACAAAUUUAUUGAGGAAGAUCAAUUGCCUGCUGACAAAAAGGAUGCCUUCAAGGAAUUUGUGAAGGAGAAAGUACGAGAAGCCAAGAAGGCCAAUCGUGAGGCAAGGGAAGCCAGGAGAAAAGCAAUUGAAGAAAUGAGUGAUGAAACAAAGGCUGCACUUGAGAGUAUGAAAUUCUACAAAUUCUAUCCAGUCACUACUCCUGAUUCACCUGAUGUAUCAAGUGUCAAGGCUCCAUUCAUAAACAGGUACUACGGGAAGGCUCAUAAAGUGUUAUGAUGAAUUGCCAAGGAUGAAGGACCAGUAGGUGUGAAGAGAUGGCAGACAACUAUGCUUGAGCAUGUCGGCUAUUACUCGAGAAUUGCCAGAGAAGUCUAGUUGCUAUAAACAAUACGUUGCUCGUAAUAUGGAGGGACUCAAAAUCUCGUUGCCCUCAGAAAUGUAAGCCUGGAGUUUUGACCAUAUUGGGAAAUAGAGAGAAGUAUAGAAGAAGAGAAGGGUCCAACCUUGAUUUGUAUCAUACGGGAUAUUAUUAAAGCCUCUCAAUUUUGAAUCUGUUACAAUUUUACAUGCUGCAAUUGCUUGUUGCUUUGCGGUUUACUCUUUCGAUUAUCCAUUGCUGGUUUCUGCCGUAA